ACAGGUAUUUGAAAACAUGUCUGGUGGGUUUCCUGAUCUAAUAACUGCUGAUUCGCUCAAUAGCCUCAAAAAUAUUCUGAGUGAGACGUCAAACCCCGAGAGCAUUGACAAUGAGGUGGUGGACGGCUUCCCUCAAAAAACCCACUUUGAGGUAAUCGAUAAAUUUGUGGAAAGGAGAUUUCCAGUGCUGCCAGAAGAGGGAACCAAAGGAUCUCAAUUCAAGCAGUUGCGGGAAUUUCUGAAGAGCGCAGAGAGCCAGAUUUACAAUGAUGUGCUUCGCUUAACACCCUCUCUGAAGGACACUGUACUGCUGGAUCAUCUGAUAAACAGUUACUUCUGUCUACUAUUAACCAAGUUAGACCUCCUCUUAAACCGAAAUCUUUCAGGGGAAGAGACGUUCUGGCUUCUUCGGUGGGGAAAGGAUGUUUUCUUCAGUUCAGACUCUACGGUUGACUUCAGAGUUUGUGACCCUCUGCUGUUGACGGGAUGGUUUGAGAGAGCAAAAGUGAAACUCCUGCCCGAACUACAGAAUGAAAUCUCUAGGUGUCUGCAGAAUAUCCUGGAUUAUGAUCAGCAUAAUAGGAAUCAAGUGGAUGAAGAGACUUUUAUCAGGGUGCACUUAGAUGUCAGUCAGUGUCUCAAUGCCGUUAUUAAAAAUGCUAAAGAAUUUAGUGACACACUGAUGUGUAUGGCACAAAACAUCUGUCUUCAAGAGCUUCAUCAUUUUGUUGGGAUGUAUGUGCAUUCAGAGAAAAAACACAUUGAAAAACUGCAACCCCUCAGCACAAAGCACUCUGUACAUCUGCUUCGGGUCAUCAGCACCUGUAGGCAACUCAGAUUUUUGGCUCCCCAGUUCUAUAAUCAGGAUACAAAUAGGAGGGAGGACCUCUUAAGCAUCAUCUGCAUGCUACAGAAGAUGGAGGAUCAGGUGUUGUCUUUUGUGCAAAAGAUGAUGAAAGAGUUCGCACAGGCCACUUUAAGACGGUAUUUCAAACAUGGGGAUAAGCACAUUUAUAUCUUGACAGAAGAAAUCAGAAAUCAUUGUGCGUCUCUGCCUCAGACUGAUGUGGGAAAGGAGAUUCAGGAGAUCUUUGUGAAUGUAGUCUAUGACUGUGUUUCACGUGUGUAUCUUGAUUGCCUGAUGAGGAGCAAGAGGAAACAUCUAGAGAAGAGAUGGGGAGAUGUUGGAGAAAGGAUAAAAGAAGACGCUGCCCAUUUUCACACAACAUUCACUCAACUGAAUGGCGGUAAUGACCAGAACAACCAGCUCCUUCAGAGAAUGAGUGACAUUUUGUGUUGUGAUGAUUUAGAAGCACUGAAGCUCGACUGUGGGAGUUUGUUUAAAGACUUCCCUGAUGACAGUCAGCAGUUUGUUCCUGGUCUGCUGCGCUGGAAGGGGGCUUUAUCAAAGUGGCAGGUGAGGAAAGUGCUGAAAGUUCGGGAUCUCGACCUGGAUGCAAAUUCCAGACGUGUCGCCUGUCAUCCUUUGAAGGGCCUGUGCUGUUGUAUUUAACAGCAAAAAACACCAUCAAUCAGAAUGAUCAAACUGUUUACAAGUGUACAGGGUUCCCGAUGCUUAUGGACGUUAUGGAAUAUCUUUAUUUCUAUAGCGCUUUUACAAUGUAGAUUGUGUCAAAGCAGCUUAACAGAAGUUCUAGUAAAUUGAAACUGUGUCAUCCAGUUUUCAGAGUUGAAGUUCAGUUUAGUUCAGUUCAGUGUGGUUCAAUUUUCACUGCUGAAAGUUGAAACACUGAAGAGCAAAUCUAUCGAUGCGCAGCUCCACUAGUCCCAAACCAAGCAAGCCAGUGGCGACCCUGGCGAGGAACCAAACUUCACCAAUUGACGAAAGUGAAGGGAAAAAACCUUGAGAUAAACCAGGCUCUGUUGGGAAUGACUAUUUAUAUCAAAAUAUCGUGGAAUUCUCAAAGCUCUAUUCCAAAAAUUGAAAGUAAUGGAUUUUUUCAAACAAUUUUUUUAUCUGAGUCAUGGAAUUUUUUAUUUUUUUUAUUGUCAUGUAAACUUUUUGUCUCCAAUUAUCAAAAUGUUUUUUUUCUAAACCACAUUUUUUAAUGGAUUGUUUCAUGCUAUUUUUCAGCUUUAUUUUAUUCCUUGUAUGCUCAUCGAGUGGCAGUCUUUAAAGUCAGGUGCAGUCUCCAGACUGAAUCCGUUAAACAGAAAACCGUGGCUCUCCUUGCUUUCAUGCAGAUUUAAGCAACUGAGAGUAUUUGUUUUACAUUUGAGUUAAUAACAUUUAACAUUUAAAAGCAGACAUGCUAAGCUUUUAGCAGACUCAAGUGUCAAAUUUGUUACAUUUUCUGAUGCAUUUCAGAUUGGACCAACACAACGCAGUUCGUAACUUUUUGAUUUAGUGGCUACUAAAUUGGGCGGGCUUAGAGAUUUGGGGGCCCUAAGCAAUACCAGUUAUGGGGCCCUAGCGUUGAAACUCAGAACAUUCUUUUUCUCUAUAGAUAUUUUUUACCCUGUAGAUUAGAUCAGCCAGUGCUUGUUAUCUGACAGCUGUUUCAGCCAGAAAGCAGGAUCGCGGAGGUAAAAAUUUCAAAUUUUUUCCCCCCAAAAUUUGCACACUUUACCUGCCUCUAUCUCAGCUCUACUCUGAUGAUCACUGGCAAACCGGCAGUGUCUUUGAACCGCUCACACCUCACGCAGGUGCAGUACGGAAGGAACGUUCCAUUAUUCAUGGGGGCCUCUGUUUUUUAAAAGAGGUAAUAACGUUAAAAUCCUAAGGGUCAUAGACAGAUUUUACAACAUAGAAAAUUUAUAAAAGAGCUACAGUUGAAGUCAGAAUUAUUAGCCCUCUUGAAUUAUUAGCCCCCAUGUUAAU